AUGGUGUCCACAGUGCACUGGCCACCACUAGAGGGAGCUGAACCCCAUGCUCACUGCACACUCACUGAUCUGGAACAUUCACUCUUGUUUCUGAGUUCUUCAAGAAGAACUGCAACAAUCCAGGUAAUAUAACAUCAGGCCCCCACCAUCUGCAGCCAGAUCUCCAGAUAAAGGGGGGAGAGGGGGUGGAUCAUCUGCUGUUUAGUAGGACUCCCUUGCUAGAGGUCUAGCUAGAAGUCUAGAGAGAAAGCCAGCAAUAUUCUGAGCAUGUUACUUUGUAGCAGGCCACACCAACAGGAGGCCAGCAAAGCAGAUACAAUGUGUCCCUGCUGGCCACUGACAGUGAUUUUACAUGAUGCUCUCAGUUUGCUCAAGUCCCUUUCCCCUCCUCAAACAGCUGGCAACCAUUAGGGAGGUGUUGGUGGCCUCUGAAGACUACAAGCAUGCUCUGUUUUUGCCAACGUGUUUAUCAUGUUUGCCAGACCAUGUGAUAAAUGUCCAUUUCAAGUUGUAGGCCUUAAAAUUAGGGGCUGUGAGCACUGUUUGGUUAUCCUCCUGCGACAAGUGGGAGAAGAUCAUUUAAAUAUCUUUUCAUUAACCAAUCGGGCUAUACUGAGAUAACUCUACAAGAGGUCUUUAUUGAUCGAAUAUUGCAUGAUUUCACAAGGUUUUUGACCAGGCUGCUUCCUUUUUAGAGCUUAAACUAUUGCUUGAAUAGUUGAUGUUGCAUAAAGCCUACUGACCACUUUAGAUGUGAAACCUUUGUGGCUAGUAACAGAGCGUUCUUGGCUCAUUGAGACCUUUUUGUUUUUUUGUACGAUAAUCUGAUGCUACUAGUUCGUGGUCCAGUCAGAAGACGGUUAAAAUAAAAACUGUCUAGCAGGAAAUAAGGGAGAGAGAAUUAUUUUCCACCAUCUGUCUGGAUGUGCCUAUAACCUGUUUCUUUAUAACCCCUGCUGUUUGAGUAGGGCUCGACUCCAUUGUCUGUACCAAUCUAGUGUGCUUGGUCUGUCUCCCAGACUAUUGUCACCCCCGGUUCUCUCCCUCUCACCUCACGUUGUACUGUGUAAUCGCUCCUCCAAUAUCAGCAAUGACUACAAUCUGCUUAAAUCGAAGCACCUUGAGCUGCUAAUUGUCUUCUUGAUUUUACCAACACAUGGCGAGAUGACCUGAACAUAUCAAUAUAUGGUUAUCAGUAUGGGUUUCGGCCCUAGUAGAUAUACUUAACAAUCUAAGGACAAUUAUAGCACUUGUUUUUUUUGUUUUUGUUUAUACUAAACAGUGAGUUUUAGCAGCUGAAAAUAAAAAUAAAAAUCUCCAAUUCAGUUUAGCCGGCAAUUGUUUCACUUAUUUUUCUAUCCCCAUCUGCAUUGUAUUUUCACUGUCUUUUUUUCCCCCCCUUUCCACCCCUCCCCUUCUCUACCUCUGUCCCCCCACCCCCCGUCACUUUUUUUUUGUUUAAAUGUAUUUCCAAGUGCUUGAGGGAUGUAUUUUACUUUAUUCACGUAAGGGGAGCAAUCCCCAUGGAGUAUCAUGCAAUAAUCCCCUCCAAGCUAUAUAUUCUAGAAAUUAUCCCGUCUCCGCACUCUUUCUCCAUAUCUAUGCCAGUGAGCUUGCAGUAAGGAAGGAUUCACAUUACGCUCUUUAUAUACAGUUUAUUUUUGACUAAUACCAACUUUUACAUUUUUUUUUUCAUUUUACUGCACGUUUAACCUGAAGUUUAACAAGUCUUUGAUGGAUUGAAGCUAUUUUCAGUCCAAUAUAAGGACAAGGUCCAUGCUGUGUAAUGGCCCACAAACAAAAUGGCGUUGCGUAACAAUUGAUGAAUGCAGCACUCUUUCAGUGCUCUGAAAAUAAGAUACAAUCACUUAUUACAAAAAAAAAAACUCGACUACUCAACCGAAUUUGGAUCAUUCUUACUGGGCUCAGCUUGGUACUAUCUCUCAAUGAAAAAUACUGCCAGUUUGCAAUGUUGAGGGUAUGUCCCUGAAAUAUAUAGGUGGCUGACUGCCCUUUUCUAAUGCUACUUUUAGAUUUCAUGGUGAGAGCGUUGGAGUUAAAUAACCUUCAAAUAAUUUAGAGCAGAAGCAACAUUUGUUGCAGAAAACAUGUGUGUUUCAUUUUCAGAUGUAGGUCCGGUCAGUCCGACCCAAAGAGCAGAGGAAGCUGUCAGAGACUGUCAUUCUGUUGAGUUUUGGAGAUCUAAAAACCUUAGCUGCGGGACUCUAACUCACAUCAUUUCUAGUAUGCCAGCGGUAGUUCUCCAGCUGUUGAAUUAGAACACCCAGCUCUGGCCUCUGGUGUCAUAGUUGGCGAUGAGACGUGUUUUCUGUUGACGAAGUGUUGAAAUUCCCCAGUUCCCAGCUUGAUUCCUGUGUUACAAGUCCAUGAGUAUAGUGCUUAGCUGAGUUGUGCAAUGGGGGAGGGGAGUUAGGCACUUCUUACCAGGAUACACAUAGAUAAACAGAUGCUGCUUUCUUAGCUCAGCACAAAAAAAUGGCUGCUGGGUGUGUUUUUAUCCAUAUAUUUGCAUACACGUUUCCCUAAAUGAUAUUCUUUAAAUACAGUACAUAUUACAAAUGUCCUCUGGAAUCUGCAUGAUAACUGUGUGUAUGGGAGUUAACAUAAAGAAAUGUUAAUACCUUGGCCCUCCAAGUGUUGUUGGACUAUUUCCUAGAAUGCUUUGCUACACUAAUGGUAGACUCACACAGACACUGUAACUUUCAAUCCUCUUUAGGAUUUCUCUCUUUCCAGAGUCUGUUCGUGUUAUCUAGUGUAUAGCUUUUUAAUGAUCGUAAUUCAGGAAAAACUGUCCGUUUCCAAAAUCCAAAGUGUAUGGGUUCUGGGGUUAGCUGAGAGUAAUUUCUGUGUUUUUUUUUGUGUACAUUCUGUUGCCUUUUAGGUGUGUUUCAGAUAUUGAAACCCAUAUGUAUGUAGAAACAAUAAGCUGCUAUUUAAUGUUCCCAUCUGUCUGUAGCUUGUUGGAGAAACCCAGCGUCUGUGUGAUUUGGAGGAAGAGAGCUGGAUUCCGCCUCAUCCUUGCUUUUUGUAUUUUUAUGAUGGAAAUUCUGAAAAAGCUUCUUGUUGCUGCUGUCGAAUUAAAAAUGGUGGGGUCACUGGGCCUGUAAACAAUGCUGUGCGGAUGGCACUGUGUGCAGACAGGGUGCACGGCUAGGACAGGCCUGUAGGGGGAGGUGGUUUAGUAAAGAUGAUCUAAUUCAUUGCAAUCCUUGGGAUUGAAGGAAACCGUCCAGACUUCAUUUUAAUGACACAGCAGAGAAACACAAUACUUCAGGGACUAGAUUUGUAGGCCUCAACCUGCAGACUUCAAGCACCCAGGGUACAUCCUUGACCCGUCCCUCUUACCUUGUAUCCUUUUCACAGUGUGAUCUGGGCCUAUGGGGAAGCAGCAUGUAAUGUUUUAUUGCAAUGAUUAAUAUUUAGCUCCUUGUCUGGAGCCAUCCUGUGUUUGUAUGUCUGCUGGGUUAUUUCCUCAUGUUUUGCCAUGGUCACUCAGCCUUUGUUCCUUUUUGAGGGAGCUUUCAUUUCCAAGAGAAGCAAGCCUGUGUUCUUUAGGAAAAGGGAAGUGUGUUUAAUAAGGAUCUGGCCACUGGGAUCUCGGCACUGAAUGGUCUUAAGGUGAAAACUAAUAUAUAUUUAUUAGGUGUUAUGGCUUCUCAAACUCAAUUAUAAUCCGAGGGAGGCCAUCAACCAGCAGCUUCUCUUCAUUGCCUGUCCUUUCAAAGGGAUUGUACUAAAAACACAUAAUCGGGUCUUGUAAUCUGCCCUCCAGUCUUCCUGACUGCACAGAUUUUAACCCAUUCCGGGCAAGUGACAUUCAUUGCCCUUUGUCCUCUGCUCUAGAUAGAGAUCAUGCCUUCAGACAGCUUACCCAACCUGAGCAGGAAUCUACAGAAGUAGCCGUGGCAUAAAUUCAAAGCAGCCCAUUCUGACAUAGUGUCUUCAGUAACCACGAUUGUGGAUGUGGAUAGGCUUCGGGUGCAAUCAAAGGGCGUGCCUGAAUAUAGCAAGAUGGACAUAGUUUUACCAAUAUGACAUUACAAAAAUCCUAAAAAGAAUUGCUCUGCAAAUUUUGAAGUGAUAGUUAGAUUUAACGAUCAUGGCUAGGUUGUCCUCUGCUCCUUCCUCUUUACUCUUCAUCAGAGACUUAUUUGAGCCAUAUUAAUGAGCAGUGGGAUAUUCUAGUACCCUUUAUCACUGGUCCCUGUCGUAAUUUCACUAUAUUGGCUUUUAAACAACACACCAUGCACUCAUAGGUUUUCAAACCUAUUAGUAAUGUAAUAGUGCUUGGGGUAGCAUUGAAUAGGUUAAAACAUGAGCUGUUAUAUCGUCGGUAAACAAUGUAGUACCUUGCAUUGCCCAGAGGAAAGAUUUCUAUUCUGGAUAAAUAAAGGGUGAAGUGAAAAUGAAAUUUUGGUAGUUUUCUAUAGAAGUGCAAUGUAAAAUUUCACUCCACUUCUGAAAGGUUUAUUGGCCAAGGAGGCUAACGGAUGGACGUAUGCCCCCACCACAGAUGAUUAUUGAGUUUUCUAAAAACCUUUACUGUUUGGGGUGUCUUCCAUACAUUGGAGAAGUAAUCCCACCGUAGAUCUUAAAAUGCAGAUAGGCUUGUUAUUUGAACUGAAUACAAUGUGAAUUCUUAGUAGUUUAUUUCCUUUCCGCUUUGGUUUGAUUAUAUGCUAAUACAGGAAUAGCUCGUAAUUUAAAGUAGAAAUCUGUUCUUUCACAUUGUAGCUCAGACUGUAUGGUUUUUGUAGUCUAUAUGUGGACAUCAAGUUGUGGUCUUUAUAAAACACUCAUAAGGCACAUUUGGCCACAGUGUGCAAUAAGACUGGACUAAACAUAUUUGCAAGCGUUGGGUCAUCAUGGCAGGCCCUGCAAGGUUUAAAUGACCUUGUAUUGUCUGUGUGUGUUUUUGAUUUCCAUGGGAGAUACAGUGUCUGUCAUGCCUACAGCUUGCAACAAGAUUGCGUGUGUUUCAAAGAAACAAGCCAUUCAAUGCAAAGGCUUUGUAAUUUAAUUUUUGAUUUGUGUCUCCACCCCUCUUUCACUCUUUUUUUUUUUUUUGCAUUUGUCUGUUUUGAAGAGGUUUACUGGAAAACAGGUCACCUCUGAGUUUCCUUUGGCCGUUCGCUGGUUUGAGCCCUGAGCUUUAUGAAUGCAGUAGAGGAGACUUGCUAAUCACUGAGUCAGUGCAUUGACUGUAGGACGAGGAAGGUAGUAGGGACUCUUAUUGUGAAAGCACACAGAGCUGUGUGCAGUUGGCUUUUGUUGGGUCUGUUCAAUCCAUCAGCCGACAUUUUCUUGGGAGGGUGCAGAUUCCUUCCCUUGCCAAUCACAAGAUUGCCCAUGGGUGCCUGCUGGACAGAGGGCAGGCAGAACUUUUGGGGGGCAGAUUGAAGGUAUUGCUUAAUAAGAGAAAGUUGCAGACAGACAAGUUUUGCAGGGGAGGGGUGAGGAGGGGACUUCAUGUGCUGUCAGCUGACCAAUAUGGUUGAGCAGUCUGGAUCAUGUGGAGUUCAUGGCUCUCUACAUGUUUUCUCUGUAUAGCUCAGGGCACGUGUGGCUGCAUUUGCUUAAACGAAAUCCAGCAUGCUCUGUCUGCAUUGUGUAAAUGCAAGGGGGGAGGGGAGAAAGCAUUUGCAUCUAGAAGGGUUUAGACAUGGAUUGGGACCUCACCCAAUAUCCAGCUUAUAACUGCUAUGUGAACAUGGGGGCAAGGCAGUGCCUUCUGUAGGUGUAUUUCUCUAGACCAGUCUAGACAGUGCUGUUUGCAGGGUUUAAAGAGCUGCAUGAUUGGGUAUUUCUGUGCCUUAGAUCAGAUUAUUUGAAGAGAUCUUUGAACCUUGUUAUUCUGCAACACAGCUCAAUAAACGUGUCAUGUUUGGGGACCGUCUUGUUUUCUUGCAUACUAUGGCCUUCUAAGGGGUUCUGGAGAACUUUAAGGAUUGGAGCCUCGCUUCGGUAAGACUUUUUUAUUUUUUUUCCCCCCUCUCAAUUUAUUUUUAUUUUUAUUUAUUUUUUAAUCCUAUUUUGUAGCAGAAACGUGGCUUCCGAGAGACACAGCUUCUUCGGUGUUGGCCUUUCCUCCACAGGUGUCAAGUGGAAACCUUGUAUUCCUUAGGAUUUUGCUCAACUGGAUCCAGUAACUGCUUUGAAAAAUAUUGGGCCACCAAGUUAGAAUUUUAUUAUUUCAUUUAUUUAAAAAAUAAAUAAAUAAUAAUACAAAAAAUAUCCCGUUUUCUACAAUAGUAAAUCAUUGCUUGGAUAUCUUGAUAGGAUGGCAAUUUGAAACAUUUUUCAAAGCCAAAAGAAAUGAAAUCUGAAAGUCUUGUUGCCAACUGGUGGAUGAAGAGCUCAUUAUGCUGUUUGUGCCACGCUAGCUCUGUGUCCACAAAUUGCACAAUUUUUCUUUUUUAGAACCAUCAAACUCUCUGUAUAAAGUAUUCCCAGCAUGCCUUUCAAGCCAUUUGGGACAUUUUUGCGAAGCUGAUAUUUUAUCUAUAAUAGGCAGACAGAUACGUGCUGAUGCAUUAUGGGUUUUGAUCAAUUUGUGUGCGGAGCGUGAUUCUGACGACGAAUCUCUUCCAUUUGACGAAGCACCAAUAAAUCUUUCACAGCCGUGCCUAAUAGACUGACCUGUCUACUAAGCUGAUGGUUGAUUUAGAAACAAGGUUAUUUUUUAGAGCCAGGUGACACAAAAUUAUUGGCUUCCCCUUAGGUUUAACACUUGCAGCGUUUAGCGCGGAUCAAAUCAUCCGAAUUAAACGUCACAGAAGAUAGAAUCUGUGUGUUGAGCGCCAUUUGUAAUUUGAGGGAGCAGAAUUUCUAAGUAUAAUUUAACAUGUUGGCUACAAGGUUGGUCACACUGUGUGCGCUGUCUCCUUUUUCCCAUUGUGCCAUUAAGACAUGUUAACAAGUGAACAUGACAAUCAUCAGGCAUUGUUAUGUGUACUUUAAAUAAGCAUAAGGUACACGCCCUUUAAAUGCCAUGCACACCACUGCUGUAUUCAGUCUUUGAUCUUUUACUAGAACGUGUGUUGUUGAGAUUUGGAAUCUUGUUCAUUGAGUAGUAUAACAAAUUGACAUUUUCUUGCAUAACCUUAAUGGUACAGUUGUUGGCGCAGUGGAGUACCAGGAAUGGCUGAAGCUAAGUCCAGUGUGAAGGUCGCACAGCCAGCCAAUCCAUGAUGGAGAUUUGAGAACUAUGUUAUAGUUAGUUGCUUCACACCGGGUAUUGUAUGGGGCUAUUUUCUUUUUUAAAAAUUUAAUUUCUAUGGUUUGUUUUCUAAAUGCUUGUUGAUUGUUAAUGAUUGAGAACGAUCUGCUGAUCCUAGUCUGUUAACCUAAAGUUAUGGCCCUAAUAACAAACUCUCUAUAGGUUGUUUUUUUGUUUUUUGUUAUGGUUUUUGACCCAUCUAAUUCCCACAAUGCUUCAGUUCCCAAUUAAGUGCUGAUUUUACAUCAUUUUUUUAACAUGUGCUGAGUAAGCACCUAUAUCCGUUUAAUGCACGGUAGGGCCAAAUUAAACGAUCUUUAAACCAGCCGUGCCAUUGUAAAUAAAUCUUGUAGACCGAUUUUGUUAUCAUAAACUAUCAAUAUGGGAUUUGCUGGGCUGGCCACCAAUCACUGUGUUCUAACCAUGAAAACAGAAUCAACAAUGAGCAGGAAGCAAGCUUUUGGUAAAUAUACAUUUAAUUCCCUGGGGAAUUUUCCUCGACACAAGACAGAGAAGGGAACUUGUAUCCUCAGAAGUUCCUCCUUUUUAUUCCAGUCCUUGAUGAUUAGUUUUCUGGUUUCUUGCCAUGAUGGAAACUUGAAUUGCCUUGUAAUUUACGGAUACAUUGGCGCCAGUCCACUCCCGUUAGCCGGGGCUUCAGGAACCAAUCUGUUUGGCUGAUUCACUGCUGUAUUACUCUCGCUGUUGGCAGAUAUCGUAGUCAGAGAGGAUUUCCCAGACUGUCCCUUCCACUAAUGUUCCUUCCAGGACAUAUAGAGAAACAGACGGGAUGUGAGGUCAUUUCACAAUGCACAGAGUGGGGACAAUAAGUAAAUAUUAUAUAUGGCUAGAGUUUGUUUGGUGUUUUAUUUAUUUAUUUUUUUACUCUUUCAGAAAAACACUAUGGGGUUAAAAUGUAUAUGCUUUUUCUUUUUUAAAAUGUUAACGCCUUCUCACACAUAAUUAACCAUUCUCUGACACCAUUUCAUGAUCCCUGGGCAAGACUCCGAGCCAUAUAUUCACCCACCUCAAAUCCGCAUAUAUUGAAAGCUUGUUUGAGCAGGGACUCGUUCAUCUCUAAAUAUCCCCUUUCUGGAAUUGUAAAGUGCUGUGGAAUAUCUUAUUAAUUUGCGAAGGAGUUAGCUGUGCGCUUUGUACCACGAAUAGGUAUUCGAAUCUCUGACUUGCUCUCCUUCCAUUGGCUUCGUUGUAAGAUAGUUCAGUGGGUUAAUGCGUCUAUUGUCUGCCAAAUGAAAUCCUGACCCUUCCGUCGUCCUACAUCUCCUGCAGCUUGUUGGCUAGCAGCCAGGGCCCAGACAGCAUGCGGGGUCAGGUUGUUGUUUAAUUUAGAAUUGUUUUUUUUACAAUGCAAAGCUCAGGCUGGAGUGUGUGGAAUGCUGGUUACCCUGCACCUUUCAAGUAAUGAAUAUUGAGCAGCAGUUGUGCAUUCUGGCCAUGUAUUCUCAAACCUCCUAUAUCUGCUUCCAAAUAGGGACAGUCAUCCAAAUUCUCAUGUUUAAAUGUUGAAUUGUUAUACAUUAGCUCCAUUAAUCUUCUACUUUGUCAAAUCUUGUUUGUGGACAGCCAGACACACACACACACACACACUCUCUCUCUCUCUCUCUCUCUCUCUCAUCCUAGGAUUAAGUCACUUUGAUACAUUUCAUGGUCCAUUGUACCUUUUAUAAUAUUCCCAGUAAAGUAAACAUUGACAUGGCAGAUCAAUCUCUCAGGGUUACUCACUAAAUGGUAUACAGUAUCGCCAGGAACUCCCAAGGGAAUUGCAUAUAUUAAAGGACCACUAUAGGCACCCAGACCACUUCAGCUUAAUGAAGUGGUCUGGGUGCCAGGUCCAGCUAGGGUUAACCCUUUUUUUUUUUUUUUUUUUUAAUAAACAUAGAAGUUUCAGAGAAACUGCUAUGUUUAUAAAUAGGUUAAUCCAGCCUCUAAAGCCUCUAGUGGCUGUCUCAAUGACAGCCGCUAGAGGCUUUUACGUGCUUCUCACUGUGAAAAUCACAGUGAGAAGACGCCAGCGUCCAUAGGAAAGCAUUGUGAAUGCUUUCCUAUGAGACUGGCUGAAUGUGCGCGCAGCUCCUGCCGCGCAUGCGCAUUCAGCAGAAGGAGAGGAGGAGGAGGUAAGUUUAACCCCUUCCUCUCCCCAGAGCCCAGCGGGAGGGGGUCCCUGAGGGCGGGGGCACCCUCAGGGCACUAUAGUGCCAGGAAAACGAGUAUGUUUUCCUGGCACUAUAGUGGUCCUUUAAACAAAAAAUAACUGAAAUGAAGAAUGUUUCCGAAUUGAAUAUUCUGGCCUGAAAUUUGUGAUCCAUUUGGGAGGUAGCUCACUGAGCAUUAUGGGAGAAAGGUAGCUCACUUUAGUGAGUACACGUGACCCUUUUGAAACAUCCAGAAAAAAGGGAUUUGUUUCCCUCUCCUUAUUGCCUGUUAUAAUGUGUCAAGGCUUGAAUCUGAUAUAGUGCGAUGUAUAUUUCAUCCAGUGAAGGUAUUAAUACAUGAUUUAUUUAGUAUUAUAUUUCUGAAAACCAUAGUGAUUGGAUACAACUUUUGGUUCUAAAAAGUAACCGUUGCUGUUAUGUUUUCAGCUUGCUAGUGAUUUGGACUAAAUUUACGAGGAGAUCUCUUGGGAAAUCUAACCUAUGGCAGGGUCUAAUGAGCACUCAUUUUGUUUUACAGCGCAUAGGGACAAGUACGGUGGACGGGUUUGUCAAGACGGACCUGUUGAAAGAUAUUACCAACAGCAAAGAGGAAGGUGAGCGAUUCUUGAAGCACCCUUUCUCCUUAAUUCUUUUGACAUUAGUGGUUUUAAAGGAGCAGGAAUGCAUUGACAUAAAUAGCUGCUUCAAUACAGUAAUGCCUUGAUGCAUUGCUACCUUUCUUUAAUAAAUUCAUUCUAAAUCUCAUCUCAGUUUUAAGAUUACCUGACUAUAAGGACCGCCCCCAUAAUUUAAUCUCAUUGAAUUUGUUACGGUUGCUGUAGGGCCUAGGUGCCAUCUUAUCUUCUGGUAUUACACCAUAUUCAACUGGUUUAUCCCAAAGUUUACCCUCCAGGAAAGUUUGGCUUGAAGGCCGGUAAUAGGAUGAGGUUAUCAGCUAAUGACAUCAGCUUGACAGCCAAGGUAAAACUUCCUGGAGUGGACGGUGGCUGGGAAGGAUGUGAGGAAGCAGAACUGUCAGAUGCUGGGGGACCAACUUCAGAAUUACCAUUUUAA